AAAUUUACGUCAGUGGUUUAAAGAGUGUGCAUGCGCGUGCGAAUGUACUGCCGGAUCCGGAAACAUUGAGCUUGCUUCAAGUCAGUCGGCCAGUUGCAACAAAAAAUGGCGGAGGUCGACUUGAAUAUCGACAGCCUCAUACAAAGAUUGCUGGAAGUUCGAGGAUGUCGUCCUGGAAAAUCGGUGGUCAUGUCAGAGGCAGAAGUACGUGGCCUCUGUCUAAAAUCAAGAGAGAUAUUUCUUCAACAACCAAUACUAUUGGAAUUAGAGGCACCUUUGAAAAUCUGUGGAGAUAUUCACGGUCAAUAUACUGACCUUUUACGGCUUUUCGAGUACGGCGGAUUUCCACCAGAAGCCAACUAUCUCUUUCUCGGAGAUUAUGUCGAUAGAGGAAAGCAAUCAUUAGAAACAAUUUGUCUUUUGCUUGCUUAUAAAAUAAAAUAUCCGGAAAAUUUUUUCCUCCUCAGAGGUAAUCAUGAAUGCGCCAGUAUAAAUAGGAUAUAUGGCUUUUAUGACGAAUGCAAGCGCAGGUAUAAUAUCAAACUUUGGAAAACGUUCACCGACUGCUUUAAUUGUCUGCCGAUUGCAGCGAUUAUUGAUGAGAAAAUUUUCUGCUGCCAUGGGGGACUCAGCCCUGACCUACAGGGAAUGGAACAAAUCAGGAGAAUUAUGCGACCGACCGAUGUUCCUGAUACGGGAUUACUUUGCGAUCUUCUAUGGUCCGAUCCGGAUAAAGAUGUUCAGGGUUGGGGAGAAAAUGAUCGGGGAGUGUCCUUCACAUUUGGACCAGACGUAGUUUCAAAGUUCCUCCACCGCCACGAUAUGGAUCUCAUUUGCAGGGCGCACCAGGUCGUUGAAGAUGGUUACGAAUUCUUUGCGAAACGACAGCUCGUCACAUUAUUUUCCGCUCCAAAUUAUUGUGGAGAAUUCGAUAACGCCGGAGGAAUGAUGAGCGUCGAUGAGACUCUCAUGUGCAGUUUUCAGAUUUUGAAACCAUCGGAAAAGAAGGCAAAGUAUCAGUACUCGGGAAUGAACAUGGGCCAGGCCGUAAGGCCAUCAACGCCACAGAGGAACCCCACAAAAAAGAAAUGACCACUUUCGACUGAAUAUUCGGUGGAUUUUGGUGCAUAGCCUCAUAAAUUGGCGUUUUAGCUGCGGAACGCCACGCUACGGAUCUAUACAUAUACAGAAAAAAAAACUAAAGCAUGGAAUUAUUCUUUUUAUUUAUAAAAUUUACUCGGUAAGGUGAUAAGGACAAAUCUCACUUCCUACUUAUUAAUAAUUGUUUAGAGAUGUGGCUUCCAGCCUGCAUUUGUACACGAAGAAAUUUUUAAAAAAAAUUUCCUUUAUUUAUUUUCUGUUAGUAAAUUAAUUCUAAUUAGUAUUAAUGUACACACUCUCGCAUUUUUUGCUGAUUCAAUUUCAUUGAGUAUCGGGAAGCCACGUUUAUUGAUUAUUUGCAGAGCAUUCGUUAUUUUUUGAAAACAAGUUUCCUUAUUUAUGAUUUUUUUUUUUUUUGCUAGAAGUAAGAAAAAUUAUUUUUAGAAUAUUGAUAAUUGUUAAGAGAUUUUUUUUUGAACUUUAAAAAAAAUUUGUUGACGUGAGAUUAAUAUUAAAAUAAUGUAAGUAACUAUAGAGAAAUAUAUUUUGAGAAAAAUAGAGAGAAUGCUCUGUAAAUAAUUGUGUGUGUAAUAUUAUUACCAAGAGCGGUGAUAUUUUACUCGAACUCAGUAUUUAACGUUAUUGAUCAUACUGUAAAGCAUUUUGCUUAUCAAUAGUCGUAGACCUUUCAGUAUAUUUACUCUGUAUUUCUUUUUGUUAUUUAGCUUCGUUUUUUUUUUUUAAAGAAAAAUUUCCUAUUGAAACUUUUAUUAGGAAGAAAGUCUUCUUAGCCUACAGUAUUUGAAUAUUUUUUUGCAUUCUCAUCAUCGAUAAUGAGAAGGUUUUUCUUCUUUUAUUUUUUGAGGAUCGUAAGUAAGAUGAUUUCAUUCUAAAUAUGCGAAAACUGCUAUACCAGAGAAAUGCAUUGUUACUUGCAUCAAUUUUUUUUACGUAAUUUUGACCAAAAAAAAAAUAUAUUGUUUGGCAAUUCUUUUUUUCUAUUUGUUUAAGGAUUUAAGAUAAUGUCUUCCGUUCAGUAAAUAAUCUGAUCAGUUCUACGCACUACUAAUAUUACUAUUAUUACUACUACUAUUGUUCAUUGACAUUUCUGUUAUCGCUGAGCGCUUUUAAUCCAGGCAAUUUAACUUGGAAACUAUGAACUAUGACGCUAGCUUUAUUGUUAAUUGUUUGUAAGACUAAAGUAACACGUUUGUCAAAAUAAAUACACUGUGAAAAAUAUUAGAACUGAACAUAAUGCAAAAAAAAAAAAAAAAUUAGAAGCGAUCUAAGUUACAAUUGAUUUCACUGGAUAGGAAGAUUAAUCAGUAUAUUUAAUAUUGUUACUCUUAGUAUUUAGAUCUCUGUAUACCCUGGAAACUGAUUGAUUCCAAUCGUUUAUUGAGAGAGCUUCGAGGGUCAUGUUUUGACGUUAUUUUAGAAACAAGAUUAUUAUAAAUAAUUAUAUAUAUUUUUUCGUUGGAUUUGAUGAAACACUAUUAUUGAUUUUAAAAAGUCGACGCCCAAAGUCUGACAAAAUGUACACAGGGUGGCUUUUGAAAACAAAGAUUAAAAAAAACUUUACGAACUCUGAGUUCAAAUUUAUUUAUUUAUUGUUUUUUAUUUUGUAUUUAUUUUUUAUUUUCUUUACAUCUUUGCUUUCUUUUCUAUAACUGAUUUCAAUAAUAAAAAAAAAAGUAUAUUUUUCGUUAAAAAAAAUAUUUCGAACUCUUUAGUUAUAUAUAUAUGUAAUUUUACAUUAUUUAGAAUUAAAAAAAAAAUGAAAUAUAAAUGAAGUGGAAUUGUUUCGACAAAUUUUAUAUUUGUCGAUUAUAAUUGUAAUAAAUGACCAAAGAUAGAAAUCAGAGAUUAGCGACCAUUUUGUGUAAAUUUUGCAGCUUUGGCUAAAGGCAGGGCAAAGGAGGAAUUCUUCUGUGAUUCUCUACUUCGUGAAUAAAAAAAAAUAUAAGGGCAAAGAGAUGUAUACAUGCAUUACACGUGAGCAAUAAUUGUAAAGGGCACGUCUGCUGCUGAUCGAAAGUUUUGCCGUAUGAAAAGAUCGUUUUAAAUUAUGUACUAAUUAACUAGUGUAUGCGGCACACUCAUUUAAUCGCAGUAGACGCACCGAUUUGACAAAAAAAAAUUAAACUGUACAUCAUCAGAUGAUAAUAAACAUGUAUAUUGUUGUAUCA